AUGUCUGAUUCGGUAGCCGCGCUGAGAAAGGGCGUUGGCGAUGAUCUCCGUGAUCUCGCAGAGCAGCAUUACAAACAUGAGUCCGUGUUCCUCCCCGUGCCCCAACCCCCAGUAUACACAUCCCCAUCCCCAUCCCCAGCUUCCAUUCUCGAACAAGAAGACCGCGACAGGCUGCAGAGCGCAGCGGGCAAGGUCUCUCGCUAUGCCAGCAUCGGCUCCCUCCUCGGUCUGGGCCUGGGAGUCGCUCUCGCGUUCCGUAUCCGCAAGAACCGGCUCGCCUAUUUCACUGCUUUUAGAGCCAUAGAGAGACCGGAAGCCGUGGUCUUUCCGGGCGGAAGGACCGAGAAAAUCCCAGAUAUCACUCCGCUCCUCAAGCCAACCACCCCGGGCGAUAUCGUCACGUACACCUUCUUCUCCAUCGCGGGUAUCUUCCUGGGCGGGGAGACGGGUUUGCUGGUCGGUUCGGCGGCGGCGUCGAGGACCAUCACCAGCGAUCCCGCGUCGAGGAGGAGGAUCGAGACGGCGUUUCGGAAGUUCAAGGCGGAUGCUUUAAGGAGGCAGGCGGAUGAGUUGGAUGGCGGGGAGGGGAGCUUGUUUAGUUGA